ACUGAUCUGCACCUGCCGUACGAUGCGUGCCUCCGGCUGGAAAGGAUGGAUGCUCUUGGGGCUUGGCGCAUGUGGAGAGGCCUUCGUAGUUCGGCCGCUCGUCCACCUCCCAACUAGCAGUGGGUCGGCGUCAACAACGACCACCAUCACAACACCAGGCGCAGCAGUACCGGCGCGCUGCUCGCGAGGGCCGCAGCAGCAGAAGCAGCGUCGGGAUCGUGCCGCGACGGCAUUGGCAUCGUCGCAGCCAAGCAUGAUGCAGGACGAGAGGCAGCAGCAGGGGUUUGCGGCGAAGGUGGCGCCGAAGCCUGGCGACCCUAGUGAGGAGGAGGCUAAGAAGGCAGCGGCGGUCGUAUUCGUACCGGAGGUGACGAACAACCAGCUUACCUCUGAGGCGGUGGAGGUGGACGAGAUCAGCGGCCGAAGAUUAAUUGUUGAGUUCAAGGCCUUCGGCUACUUCAAGCGCACGUGCCAGCUGGAGCUGCUCAAGAGUGGGGACUGCGUGUUUUCUAAGGGGAUGGUUGCCAAGGAGAAGGGCGCGUGGCGUGUCGAGGAGGAGGAGGGUACGGACUACCUGCAGUUCAGCUGCCCGUUAACAGAGAUGUACGGUGUCAUGUUCGACGUACCGAGCGCCCUGCUGUUCUGGAGGGUACCGCUACGCAAGGGCGCCGACGGCAGCGUCGUGCUUCAGGGGGGUCAGAUCAUCAGCGAGAAGAAUAGCUUGUUCGGUUUGAAGACGACUUUCAUCGAUGAAGGCACGUUCAAGGCGCGAGUCUUGGCAAACGACGAAGAGUUCCCAGUCCCCGAUAAGAUAGAUUUCAGCUCCGUCCCGAUACCGGCUGGGCUGGCAAAGCUCAAGAAGAAGGGAAAGGGAGGGAUUAUGGAGCAAGUUCCGGAGCCCCCUCUGCCAGGGUCUCGCUAACAGCUAACAGUUAACAGAAAACGUCAACAACAGCCCACACAAGACUCAAGACUGUGGUCGACGGACGGGUACGGACGGCAGCCUUAGGAACUAGGAACGGUGGUGGUGGCGACUGACCGAGUGAAAGGCCCGGUCUCGUUGCUGCUCGGCCUGUUCGCAAGUGUGUCGGUUACGUAUGUUUCGUAUGUUUCUCCCGAAUGGUAGCGUAUGACGUUGAUGGGGUAGAUAACGGAGCCAUGAAUUCGAGAAUGGUUCGCUUGCUUCGCGGUCGUCUUUUAGGGGUCCCAGUGUGCUGACGGGAUGGUGAUUAGGGCACACACGGUUUUGUUCAAACCUUCUUGCUUACGUCCUUGGAGCACCCACAGCUGGAGACGGGAAGGACGACAUUUUCUUGUUGGUUUGUUUUGAUCUUGGUCAGCUUGUAGUCGGGCGAAAGUG